GAAGACGACGUCAUGGAUGAAUUAAAGCGUCUGAGUGAUUUAAAGUACGAGGAGUUUUUUAGAGAUUAUAUGGAGGCCAAUCAGCUCUGCAUUUUUUCUAGCGAGCUUACCAAACAUUGGAGAAGUCGGAAGGAAUGGGUCAUAAACGGGAGGCCAAAUUUUGGCUUUUUCAUGAAAGAAUUUGGCCAUGCUGUAGCACCUGUUGCUAACUGUUGUCAAGAAAAAUAUGGCAGUCAAGUCAAGGAAGAGAUGCCAGUGAAAGAGUUUUGUGACUAUUGGAAAAACAGAUCUGAAGGUGGCGAUGACUCCAGUCAAAUACUCUAUCUUAAAGACUGGCACUUUUGUAAGGCUUUUCCAUCAUACAAGGCCUAUGAAACACCAGUCUAUUUUAAAUCUGAUUGGUUGAAUGAGUUCUGGGACAAGCGUUCUGAUGUGUCUGAUGACUACCGCUUUGUAUACAUGGGUCCUAAAGGCAGCUGGACUCCUUUUCACGCAGAUGUCUUCAGGUCAUACAGUUGGUCUGCCAAUAUAUGUGGAUGCAAAAAAUGGCUGAUUUACCCUCCUGGUCAAGAGAAAUAUUUGAUUGAUAGACUAGGUAACCUGGCAUAUGACAUCACAUCUGAUGAUAUGAGUGACAGAUGCCAAUUUCCAGAAUUUGAUAGUGCUGUAAAGCCACUUACAGUGGUACAAAGAGAGGGAGAGAUCAUCUUUGUGCCAAGUGGAUGGCACCAUCAAGUAAUAAACUUGGAGGACACUAUAUCUAUAAAUCACAACUGGACCAAUGCUUGUGGAAUUUUUAAAAUGUGGGAACAUUUAAGAAAUGAACUGGUCAAGGUCCAGAAAAGCAUUGAAGACUGUAGAGAUAUGGAAGAUUGGCAUCAACAGUGUCAGGUGAUUCUACGAGCAAGUUGUGGAAUAAAUUAUGAAGAAUUCGUAGAGUUUCUUGGCUUAAUAGCCAGACAAAGAUUAAGGACCAUUCAAGAAAAGGAGACAGGUACGCCAAGAGAACUCAAAGACAUGGACAGUGAAGCGCGUUCCACAGAGACAGGCUCAGAAAUCUCUGUAUUUCAGGAUUGGAGCAGGUCUAUCCGCUUUCUAGAAGAACAGGAGCAGUGCUCUCUAAUGAACUACUGUCGAUACGAUCUUAUAAAAGUGAAAGAGUGUCUUGUAAACUUAAAGGACGAACAUUCGUUUAUAGAAAUGCAAAGUAGAGACCUUCAGCUCAGAAUUGACGCACUUUUGCAAGAUAUCUCAGUAACUCUGGAGAAUGCCAGCGGUCGAUCUCCACAGGAGAACGGUGGAAUUGGUGUUGCCCUUUGAAGUCAAUGGCCUGCGAGCAAGUCCUCGUCAGUAGUGUUGCAGGACGCGCAUUUCUUUGCCCACGGGAAGAUUGGAGACGAGAGAGAGAGGUUUCAUUAUUUGUGUCAGACUCCCAACAGACCCCUGGCCGGCCCGCCUUACUCAAGGACGCAGACUUUCCCGCGGGCUGAAAAACGCUUUUGUCGCAGCGUUGAUAAUGAAGGCUUCCUUGCAUACUCUUGCACAUAAGGAUAAGAUUUAAACAAAACGAAGUGACUCGAAAAUGGAAGUAAAAAUUGCUGGGCAAAUUUAGACAUAAUUUUUUUUUCUGGCUGUUGUUGUCUUUGUUAUUCUUGUUUGUUUAGAUUAAUUUGAGCGAGUAUUUCUAUUUUGAAGUUUGAUAAAUGCUACGCUGACUUGUGUCAAUAGAGAUCAUGUACUUGGCGCUGACAUGAAGGUUGCACAAUGGAAAAUGGCUUCUAAUGAAGAAUUAACGUAAUCAGAAUGGGAAUGAUCCAGGUAAAAUAAUCACUUUCAGUUCGUACUCUUUAGUUCAGAACAGGUGGGUACUCACCUUAGCACACCGACAAACCGAUGGGUUUGCAGCUUCUGUAACAUGUUCUGGCGAUUUCCGUAUGUCUCUAGUCGCCUUUUUAUGUAGCAUACGUGGUCGUAGGAGAGUAACUUCCAUGAAUAAUACCCUAUUCACACCAAAGUUUAAACACGUUUUUUGAAAGCUGUCUUGUGAACCACGGCUUAAACCGAUGUUUUUCGACAUCAAAUGUAGCACAUUGAGUCUACAAGUUAGCAGAUACUUGAAUCCUAUGGAAAAUUCAGUUUUUUCAGUUCUCUGUUUCUGAUAGACAUUCAAUCAGACCCUGUUAAUGGUAAUACUGGGGGAUUUUUCACGGUAGCCAGUUCCAGGCCCUCAGUUAUCAGGGCGAGUUAAAGAACAUGUUAUGCAGAAGCUGAUCGGAAGCAUAGUCCAGGAACUAACAGAGCCGGCUACAAGCAAAUCUAGAGUAAAAAUAUAGCUGAAUUUACUCUUAUAGAAAAAAAAUAAUGAUUGUUAUAAGGGAGAGUAAUAUAUGUAUACAGUCAGCGGCAAGUUUCAUUUCUUACAGGUCUUCACUUGAUAUUUCCUUGCUAAUAAACUUGCGUUUUAAGAUUUCCAUCAACAAAACCCAGGAAACUUGCCAAAAGAAAGAAAAUAUGCCAGAUUACAGGUAGUUUAACGGUAAUUAAA